CACUAUGGAGUGUAUGGGCGCGCACAGCAGUGUGCAUGCAUGCUUAAUACGGCGGGUCUGACGUAGCCCUCGCUCCGUGGACUGGACUGCACACAGCUCCCUUCAGCUGACGGAUAUACACGGAUAAGGAGGAACAACUAUGAACGAGGCAGCGACGACGGACGGCACUUGCUUAUCCGUAGCUCGUUUCUUAGUGAUGUAAGGCACUCGCUGGGGGAACGAGAACCCAUCCUUGCAGACACUGUCCGGGUCACGGCGUGAAGGGGUUGCCGGUCCGGUACUCGGCGCACGUCUGCGCGUGAAGCACCGGUAAGACAGAUGCAACACGAAUCAAAAUGAAUGAAUUUCGUUACUGGAACAAUACGCGGCGUUGAACUGUAGCCUAUGUAAAGGACCUUUUCCCCCCACAGAAACCACAUAUUAAAGACUAAAUUGAAGAUCAGAGCAUGUAUCAUUUCCCGUUUGAUAUCAGGACGUGCAUCACUUUUCUGGCGACUGUUGUGAUUUACGGAUGCCAUGGUUUACGCAACUGUGGGGACAUCCAGUGCGGCGAGGGUCAGCGAUGCUGCGCUCCUGGUAACGGCAGCGCGGCGGUGCGCUGCUGCAAACUACCGCUGCAGACGUUCUUCGACAAUGUUGGCUGGAUCACGCGGAAACUGUCCGGCAUUCUCAUCCUACUUCUGCUGUUCGCCAUGGGCUAUUUCAUUCAGCGCAUCAUCUGCCCGCGUCCCCGCAGACACCACGACAGACCGGAGGAGCCGUCGCUCGCUCACGGACAUACCACGGUGUCCCAGGACUCGCUGCUUGAGCGAUUCCAGGACUAACAGCAUCGGGACUUCACCUCACCGGUUUUGCAGCUACCGGCAUACGACGAGGUCAAGUAUUUACCCACUUACGAAGAGACCAUGCAGGAAGUGGACCGAGACCGCUCAGAGGACAACCUACUGGCGGCGUCCCGCGACCACGCACCUGCCGCGCGGUCGGAGAGACGGUCCUCUCGGUACGACACGAGGUCUACAGAAAACUCUGUUUGA